AAAUUUGACAUGCGCCAAAUAAGGUGCAGGAACUGGUGUCAGUAUACAAAACUAGACAAGUAAAAUUGAUUGUUUUCCGGCGUUAGAAAUGCAUCUCAAAACUGGCAUAGUUUUUUGUUAAAAUUUAACUGUUAUUAUAAAUUAGUACUCGUUGUGAUAUUUGUGAUAAUGUUAGGUUGAAGUAGUAUUUGGCGCGUUUUAGCAUUCCCGUUGUACCUGAUACUUGCUGUGUAGAAAUAAUAGAUGGAAAUUCCAAAUUAGUGAAGAUUUCGUAUUUACAUGUUUUAAUAAGCUCAUAAUUUUUUCCAGUCCGGUGUUGAGAUGGACUCACAGCAACAGCAAUUUUGUCUAAAAUGGAACAGUUUCGGAUCGAAUUUAGCGACAUCUUUUAGUAAUUUAUUCAAAUCGGAAACGCUGGCCGAUGUAACGCUGUUUUGUGACGGUGUAAGCUUUAGAGCUCAUAAAUUGAUUCUGGCGGCUUGUAGUAAACACCUAGCCGAUCUAUUCGAAACUGCUCCGCUUCACCAAAAUUUACUCGUCAUACUCGAUAAUACGUCCGCCACCAACAUGUCCGCUCUCUUGGAAUUUAUGUACAAGGGAGAAGUACACGUUUCGCAGGAUUCCCUGUCCAGUUUUUUGAAAGCCGCGGAAUGUUUACAAGUGAAAGGAUUGAGUAUCGAACACGAGAAAUUGGCCGUUGCGCAGGGUCACAGCAUCACUCCCAUGGAUACUGGAAUAGAUUCUCCCGGAAAACAUUCUAAGGUACCGAAGGAAGAAAUAGAUACUCCGAUAUCGAACACAACACACCAUCAAUCCAGCCCGUCCCCAAGUUAUUCACCGACAAUGUCCCCGUAUAUGCAUCCGCAUCAUUACAGACCAUACGAACCGAGGAUGUCGACAUCGGGAGCAUCUUACGGAGAUAACGCCUUGAAACGACCUCUACGAAGUCCUAGCGAAAUAUUACAGGAAACCGGCAAUAGAGCUUCGGUCCUUAGAGACGGAAGCAAAGCUGUAGGAAGACCCGGUUCGCCGGGACAGAUGUGCGCUUAUAGACCACCUUCCUCUUUAUCGAAUUUGCCGAAUCAACCGGGAGGCGAGACUCCUCCAGAAAGCAGAUUCGAUCCGGAUCCUGCCACCGCUUUGAUUUGUCCGGAAACCAAUAGUAUAGAUCGGUUUCAGGAUCCGGGACGUCCAGAAGAUUUGAGAAAGAAAAUGGACCAUGCGAUGCAACAAGACGAAUCGCCGAGUAGUACCGCAGGAAACGGAACAGGAAACAAUAGCAACAUGCUCAAUAACACCAUAUCUUCGAACGGUUCCGCCAGAUCUCAAGCUAACUACGGCCAUGACAGGGAGGCAGAUCUUAUACAGACCAAUAUAUGGAGUAACGUAGCUGGAAAAAUAAAUUGCAAAGCCGGAACUGUUAAUACAGCGGAUGGAAAAAAAUUAAAGUGCCCUUUUUGUGAGAGAUUAUAUGGUUACGAGACCAAUUUGAGGGCGCACAUACGACAGCGACAUCAGGGGAUCCGAGUACCGUGUCCGUUUUGUUCGCGAACCUUUACCAGAAACAACACGGUCAGAAGACACAUAGCGAGGGAGCAUAAGGCCGAGCUCAGUUUAAAGGCUUACCAACAGAAUCAGCAACAGCAGCAGCAGCAACAACAGCAGGUACACAACCACAAUCCUUAAGGUCACGUUUUUAAGGGUAUGACAACUACUUCAGAUCUGGUGUAAAUAUUAUGUUUUGUGGAGAAGAUCCGGUUUGUUUACUGGAUAGGAAAAUUGUGGUUGAUGUUGUUAAACGUAAAAUUUUAACUGUAAUAUUAAGGGAAUUUCAGGGUAACAGUUAUAAGUGAGAAUAUUUUGCACAUUAUUUUGUAUACGUACAUCGUAGAUUGAGCUCUAAUUUUUUAAAAUUAGAUGUAUGAAUGGGUAUAGGGUUGUCAAAUUACCAAAAGUUUCGAGUUAUUUUAUUUUGAUGGUCAGAAAUACUCGAAAAGUAAUCGAACUGUGUGGGUCAAAAGUUUUGUAUCACAUUCUAAUAUAUAAAUGAAUUAUUAAAAAUUUAAAGUAAUUGAAAAUACCAUUAGAUUCAAAUUUAUUUAAAAACAUGAGCAAAAUUACAAUUAGAAUUAUUUUAACGAACUAGUUAACAAACUAAUUUCCAAUUUAAUAAGUUUACACAUUUUUAAAAAUAACAUCUACCAAAAUUAUUUUUUUUCCAAAUACUUAUUUCACAAUUAACUAAAGAUAAUAAUACACUUGAAUAUUCCAAAAUCAUACGACUGAAUAAUAUUAAAAUAUAUCUAAAAAAAAAAAUUGUUAAGCCUGGAUUUAUGAAUGAGUUGUGAAGGAAAUUUUUUAUUUUCUUACAGAUACGUUUUAAACAGUACUUUAUUAUGAGUAAAUAAUUUAUUUACAAGACAUAAUCUUUCGGAAAAUGGAGAUACGUCCUUUAGGCUCUUUAAACAAAAUCACUGUUCCAGAAGACUAUUCAACAGAGUUGUACAAGAUAGAUUCUGAAGAAAAAUGGUAAUAACAUAUGUUCUUGACACUAUAGAUGAAGAAAUUUGAAUUCUGUGGUUUAGUGGUACUUUGGUACUUUGUGUAUUAACCAUCAAUUUACAUGUUGGAACAUUUUUAUACCUAAAAGUGUUGUAAUACAAACACCUGGAUCUAUUUUUAAACCAUCUGUGGUUAAUUGGAGAGUAAAAUUCACAGACAUGGUGUAAGAAGAAGGACGAAGGAUAUUCAAUUUUUGAGAUAUUAAUACUUUGAUUAAUUUCGUCAGUAAAUUUUUAUUUUGUAAAUAUUAAUAUUAAGAAAACCGUUUUUUCUUGUUACCGAAAAUAGAAAUACAUGACAUGAACAUGUCCGUUACGUUAAUUUAGUUCUGCCAUUGGUGGACCGCCUUUAAAUGUGGCCUUUAAAUGUGGAGUAGAUCACGGAUCCCAAAAGUUUGGCCAAGUGAGCUUGUUCAAGUGGGCCAGAACGGCUGACAGAAAGAGAAAGAACAUCGGUUUACCUCUCUCUAUUUCUCUAUUGUAUUCUGAUCUACUCUACCUAAUAGUCUGUCAAUAUUAACAUCUGGAUCUGUUGUUAAACUUUCUUCGUGGUUAAUUUAAGAGUACAAUAGACCAAGAAGGUUGAGAAAUACUUCCUUUAGGGUGCUUGGUGAUCGCUCGCUUCUGUGUGGAUUGAGUUAAGAAUACCAGUCCUGGAUCUAUUAUUAAACUAUCCUCCGUUAAUAUAAGAGAAAAAAAAAAAAGAAAAA